AUGAUUGAUGAUGAUAACUCAGACGAAGAUUUGGACGAGGACGAUGUGGAAUUUUUCAAAGCUGCUGCUUCGCUUCAGUUUGGUGCUUCGAACAAAAAGAAAGUUCCCAUCGCGCCUGGAUUUUACGUCGUGUCUACUCCGAUAGGGAAUCUCGAGGACAUAACUAUUCGCGCUUUGAAAAUCCUAAACGAAGCGACGUUGAUUUUGUGCGAAGACACGAGGAAGACGCGACAGUUGUUGACGCUGUUGGGCGUUCAAUCGUCGUCGUCAUCGAAAGGAAAACAAAAGAAGUUGCUCGCGUAUCACUCGCACAAUUUUUACGAGCAGAGAGAAACGUUGAGAGAUCGAAUCGUGAGGAACGAAGACGAGGAGGUGAUUGCGUUGGUUUCCGACGCCGGUGCGCCGGUGGUGUCCGAUCCAGGGCAGGAUUUAGUGGAUUUAGUUUUAGAAGCGAAUGGGGGCGGCGGCGGCGGAGAGAGGAAGAGCGUCGUCGUGCCGAUUCCAGGCGCGAGCGCGGUGACGACCGCAGUCAUCGGGAGCGGGUUCAAAUGCGACGACGGGUAUAGAUUUUGUGGGUUUCUUCCCGCGAAGAAAAACGAGCGAGUGAAAGUUUUAGAGAGUUUAACGUCCGAGACGAGUUUGUUGGUGUUCUUCGUGUCUCCGCACAAGUUGGUAAAAACGUUGGAAGACGUCGCGGCGGUGUACUCCAAAUCGCCUCCUCGGCGCGUGUGUGUCGCUCGAGAACUCACCAAGCGACACGAAGAGUUCUUUCGGGGCACGUGCGAAGAGUGUUUGGAAGAAUUCUCCAAAGAAGGCCGAGCGAGAGGCGAGAUUACGUUGCUCGUCGAAAGCUCCGACUUGUCCGCGUCGACGAAGAAGACUUUGGCGACAAAGGUCGCGCCCAAAAAUAUAAACGAUGACGACGACACAAACGACGACGACGACGACGAAAGCGACAAAAACACCGCAAAAGUACUCCUCGAAAAAACAUUGCGUCACUUACUCCUCGAACGCGCGGAAAACCAAAGGCUCUCCGUCUCCGAAGCCGCGCGGAAAGUGAGCCAAGAUUUGGGCGUAAAACGAAGAGUCGCGUACUCGCUCGCGCAAAAGAUUAAAGACUCUUCGAGCGGUAAUACUAAUAAUACUAAUAAUUAA